GCGGCAGCUCUUCGACUGUUUCGGCCAUCUCCGGGCCACGAAUCGGCUCUUGCCCCGUCCGAGCCUUUGUCCUCUCUCUCCCCCUCUCCUUCUUCGUCUUCUUCCUCUUCCCGAUCUGCCUCGUCCCUAGGUGCUGAGAGUCUCAGGGAGUAGGAUGAACCAUCGCUUGUCAGAGCAUGAGCCCCUCGAGCACUUCCACACGCCGCUUGCCGAUCGCUUGUUGCGGCACCAGUUCAAUGAGGAAAGGCAGUUGCGAUACGAUAUUCAGCAGGUGAACGUGCCAGCAUCCGGGGUUGCUGAUCUGGCGACAUACUCGUUACUUUGUGAUCGGCUGACGUAUGCGGGGGUGUACGUGGAUGUGACGCAGUUGCUUGGGCGGGAGACGACUCGAGUGUUCAUAGAGUUCCCCGCGCCCAGGUGGCACCUAACUUCGUGCAUAGCGUCGCCACCUUUAUCAGAGACUGACGAUUCUGCCGCAGCCGAAUUGGGAGCCGGUGCGAAGCUUUGUGCGCGAAUACGCGGUGCAGGCAGCGAGAUCAGUGGCCAGAGUGCAAGGACGGGGAGGACACCGAUUCACAGCCCACGAAGCGUUGUUACGCAGGGCAGAGGACGGACCAAUUGUGAUGAUGUGGAGCCGCUGCCCUUCGCAGACGAAGACUCGUGGGAGUUGCAUCGUGCGGUAUAUAAGUCGGUGGCAUUGGGGAUGUUCCGAUUUUUCGUGGAUCACGAAGACCACUCCAUCGGGGAGCACUUCGUCGUUUAUUACGUCAUCACACGGCCCAAGCCAGCGCAGAAGGAGGGGAUGGUGGCGUUGUACCCAUUUGCCCAGCUCCAGACGACCGAUCUGGGAUUGUUGGAGCUCAUACAUCUUGAGCUCCUAUCCAUUGCGCAAGUGAUCGCGAGCGAGGAAGAGGAGAUCCAGCCACGAUUGCGGACGGCGGCUGCCCCGCGGAGAACGUACAACGCGGUCGUCAUCCCGGAUUACAUUGCGCAGCGUGAGGAGAGGUUGGAGGACUUCCCUGAGGAAAAGCCGCUGUGACCUCCCUCAUCGUAUCCCAGAACUGCGCCGCCAAAGGCCCCCAAGAAGACGCCAAAGAGGAAGAGACACCACCCAUCG